CAUCAUAAACAACCAAACAAAUACAUAAUAAAGUUACUAUUACUCAAGUGAACAAGUCCUCUCAGAUACCACACCUAAUUCUCAAUAUUUAAUCUCUGUGCUCUAGAUUCAAAAACCCAUUGUCAUUCUGCAAAACAAUAACCAGAAACUUGAUCUCUCUCUAUGAAAAAUCUUCCCAUUUUGGUGAAUGAAUAGUGAAAUUGCAGUAUUCUUAGACAAAACCCAAAUUUAGUUUUCUUUAGCUAGUGAUGCAAUGGCAGGCAUCUUUUUCCUGCGUCUCAUUUCAAAAGACUGAUUUUUCCCAUAUGGGUUUCUGAGUAAUGAACUGAUAAAGUGGAUGGAGAUGCUUAAAGCUCAUUAUAAAAAAAAGUGAACUUUUUGAUUUAACUUUGCAGAGAUUUUGUAUUGGGUUUUGGUUUUUGAGGUGGAAAUACACACACAAAGUUUUAGAACAAGAAUCUUCUUUUGCUUUGCUAAUUUGGUGAAGAUUUAUUGGAGGUAGGUAGGGCUUUUCAAGCACUUGAGAGAAAAAAUUCUGUUUGUGUUGGUUGGUUGGUGUUGGAUCAUGGCUACUCCUGGACUCCAAAACCAUCAAGGAGUUGCAGAAACCCAUCUUAAACAUCAACUUGCUGUUGCUGUGAGGAGUAUUCAAUGGAGUUAUGCAAUCUUUUGGACUCCCUCUGCUAAGAAUAAAGGGGGUUUGGAAUGGGGUGCUGGUUACUACAAUGGAGAUAUCAAGACAAGGAAGACAGUGCAACUGCAGCAUAUGGAAAUUAGUGCAAAUCGAUUGGGUUUACAAAGGAGUGAACAAUUGAGAGAACUGUACGAGUCUCUUGCAGAAAGUGAAAGUAACCAACAAGCAAGAAGACCUUCAGCUUCAUUGUCUCCGGAAGAUCUUUCGGACGCGGAGUGGUAUUACUUAGUUUGUAUGUCCUUCACAUUCAGUUCUGGUCAAGGCUUGCCAGGAAGAGUAUUCUCAACCGGUCAACCUAUUUGGCUGUGUGAUGCUCAUUGUGCAGAUAGCAAAGUUUACAUUCGAUCACUACUUGCAAAGAGUGCCUCCAUUCAGACUGUUGUGUGCUUUCCUUUCUUGGGCGGUGUGAUCGAGCUAGGCGUGACUGAAAUGGUUCCUGAAGAUCUUGCUUUGGUUCAACAUGUUAAAACUGUCUUCAUGGAGUUGAAAAAGCCUAGUUGCUCCCUGAAUGGAGAUAAAAUCGGUGAAGAUAUUUUGGGUACUGAAAUUAUUCAUGAGAUAGUUGAUACUGUGGCAGCAUUAGAUUGUGGAAUUCAACACAGUUCAUACUAUCUUCCUCAGUCCAUUCUAAAAGAAGAAAUCGAGCUUCAACAAAAUGGUGUAAACACAGUUAUUGAUGAAGAUUUAAUUGCUAACUCUCCUAGUUCAGAUGAAUGUGAAUCUGAUGAAGAGGAUUCCUACAUGGUAAAUGGUGGAAAUCUCGGUGUUUCUCAAGUUCAAAGCUGGCAAUUCUUGGGUGAUGAAUUUGAACAUAGUAACGGGAUGCAAGGUUCAGAAAGUUCAAGUGACUGUGUAUCUCAGAAGUCAUUUUUGAAUCAAGAGAAAUCUUCUUCUCAGCUGAAAAAAACAAAUAGUGUUCAAGGGCUUCAAGAAUGCAAUCAUACAAAGUUCAACGAUUUGGAUCUUGGGACUGAUGAUAUGCACUACAAAAGAACACUUUCCGUCAUUUUCAAAACUUCCAAUGCACUGGUAACAGCACCAUGUUCUAAUAGUGCUAAUCACAAAUCCAGUUUCAGGAGAUGGAAGCGGCGAGGCUUAGUGGGUUAUGUGAAGAAUAAAUCUGGAACACCACAGAAAAUGUUGAAGCAAAUUUUGUUUGAUGUUCCUUUGAUGCACAGUGGGGCUUAUCUGAAAUCAAAUGAUGGAAAGGAAUUUGAAAAUGGGGUUUUGAAAUCAGAAGGACAUGAUAUUGCUAUAGGCCACGAAAAAAGAGAAGCACUUGAUGACAAGUUUCUCGUUCUCAGAUCCUUAGUUCCCUCUAUAAACAAGUUCGAUAGGACAUCUCUCCUCAGUGACACGGUAGAUUACUUGAAAGAGCUCGAGAGAAGAGUCGAAGAGCUAGAAUCAUGCAGGGAGUUUACAGAGUUUGAAACUAUAGAGAAAAGGAAACACCCGGAUAUAGUAGAAAGGACUUCUGAUAAUUACGGGUAUAAUGAAAAUGCUAACAGUCCAAAGGCCGUGUUACACAAGAGAAAAGCUUGCGAUAUUGAUGAAAUAGACCCUGAGCUAGAUUCUGUGUCACCUAAAGACAAUGUAGCAACAUAUGUUACAGUCUGCAUGAUUGAGAAAGAGGUUUUGGUUGAGAUACGCUGUCCAUGGAAAGAUUGCUUAAUCAUCGAAAUUAUAGAUGCAAUAAGUAAUCUCCAUUUGGAUGCUCAUUCAAUUCAGUCUGCAGCAACUGAAGGCAUUCUUACUCUAACCCUGAAAUCUAAGUUCAAAGGAGCCGAAGUUGUAUCAGCAGGAAUGAUCAAACAAGCAAUUCAGAGAGUUAUUGGUACCUGCUGACAAUCGUCACGCUGUCCAGUAAAAUUGUACCACUAGCUGUAAUAUUUGUAGGAUCAUUUGAUUUCAUUUACUUUUGUAUUGUAAUUGUGUAACGAAAUACAAUCUGAAAGGUUCAUAUCGAACCUGUUUUGUACCUGUUUUGAAUGGUACAAAACAAAGCUUUAGUUGGUCAUUAUCUCUUCCACAAA